AUGUCUGCAACCGAAACAAACAACAUCGCUCUGGAGAAGAACGUCGAGGCUGACGCCGCCGCGACCAACGGUACCACCUCCGCCGUGAACCCCACCAUGUCUGCGGAGGAGCACCAUGUUGCUCAGCAGGCUGCCCGCUUCGGCUACGGUCCUCUGGCUCACAUCAACACCGCCGAGUCCCGUCUGCCAGCCUUUGGCGGUGAGUUCCAGCCCGGUCUGUACAAGCCCGUCGAGGGUCGCAAGUUCGCCAACCCAGCUCCUCUGGGUCUGUCUGCUUUCGCCCUGACCACCUUCGUGCUGAGUCUCAUCAACAUGAGCACCCGUGGCUUGGCCGCCCCCAACAUCGUCGUUGGUCUGGCCUUUGGAUAUGGUGGUCUGGUGCAAUUGCUUGCCGGCAUGUGGGAAAUGGCUGUUGGAAACACCUUCGGUGCCACUGCCCUGUCUUCGUAUGGUGGAUUCUGGAUUGCCUUCGGUAUCACCCUCACGCCCGGCGGGUUCGAGAUUGCCAAGGCGUACGCGUCCGAGGAUUUCAAUAACGCAAUGGGCUUGUUCCUGAUGGCCUGGUUCAUCUUCACCACCAUCCUGGUCUUCUGCACGCUCCGCUCAACGCUGGCCUUCUUCCUCCUGUUCUUUUUCCUGGACAUGACCUUCCUGCUGCUCGGCCUGGGCUACCUCUUCCACCAGGGCACUGCCGCCGACGCAGCCCCCAACCCCAAUCUCACGAAGGCCGGUGGUCUCUUUGGUCUCCUGGCUGCGUUUGCCGCUUGGUACAACGCCUUCGCUGGUAUUGCCGACGACAGCAACAGCUUCUUCGUUGUUCCGGUGGUCCACUUCCCCUGGUCGGUCACUGGCAAAGCCCGCCGCAACAAGACCGUGCGCGAGCAGGUUUAA